AUGCCUGGCGGUGUGAUAUCGAUGAUGAAGACUUCAUACGACUGGAACUAUGCUACGGUUGCUCAAAAAGGAUGCAACAAUCGUAUUGUGUCUGCUCCACGAGGCCGUUUCCUCGGUGGCUGUAGUGGAAUGAAUGGUACAUUGAUCAUCCGAGGCGCCAAAGCGGAUUAUGAUCGAAUUGCCGACAUGGGAAAUCCAGGAUGGAGUUGGGAUGAAAUGUUGCCCUAUUUUAAGGCGUCUGAGACGUUUCAUCCAGCUGAAUGGCACCAAGCAGACUUGACUGUUCAUGGUACUGAUGGACCCUUGCACACCGAGCCAUAUCCUCUCGCGCCUAUCUCUGAAAAAGUUCUUGAAUCCUUUAUUGACAGCGGCUUUGAUUACAAACCAGAUAUGUUCGUGCAGGGUGACUAUGAAGGUUUGUUAUGUUAG